AUGGAGAACAUAGAGAAUUUGAAAUUAUAUAUAAACUCAUUAUCACAAUCAAUAUCAGCUUAUGAAUCUGCAUUAAGUCCAUUACAAAACAAACAAUUAUCCGACAUGAUUCUAAAUAUCAACACAACAUCAUCAACCACCUCUACCACUUCUACAUCCGAGGAACAACAAAUUCAAAUAUUGAAUAAUUUUGCAUAUAUUUUAAUAUCGACAUUAUUCAGUUAUUUAAAAUCACUUGGAAUUGAUACUGAUUCUCAUCCCAUAAAAAUGGAAUUAUCAAGAAUCAAAUCAUCAAUGAAUCGAUUGAAAAAUAUUAAAAAUGAAAUAAAUGGUGAUACCAAUAAACAAGAAGAAGAGGAAGAAGAAAAGGAAAAAUUAAAGAAACUGAAAGAAUAUUUAUCAAGAACUUUAGGUGUAAGAGAUGUUGGACUGAGUGUUGAUGUUAAAUCAAUGGGCACUUCUGCUAUAAGUAAACAAAAUUUCCAAGGGAAACAUAUAAAAUUUGAUGAUCAUGAUAAUGCAGAUGAAAAGAAGGAUGAUGGUAACAAGAAUGAUUUGAAAAAAUCUAAAAAUAAAAAACCAAAUAGUACUGGUAGUAAAUCUAAUCUGAAACUGAAACUGAAACUAAACGUCAAGGAAUCUAAAAUAACUAAACCAAAAUCAAAUAAAAAAUCAUCUACAAAGAAUAAGAAUAAAUAG